GCCCAUUGGCCGGUCUGCGGACUUCCCACAGACAGUUGUAUGUUUCAUAAAGAUGCACUCUGAUGCUGCCAAUUUUCAGCUCAAUUCCCACUUGACUACACUGGCCAGCAUCCAUAAGAUUCACCACACGUUGCACAGGCUGAACAUAACAGAGGACGUUGGACAGGAGAGCCCCACAUCAGCUUGUUGCUCCAGAGCCAUGCCUCCGAGGAAAAAGAGGAGACCCACUGCUGGAGAUGACAUGUCAGCCAAAAAGAGUCGCCAGGACAGGGUCAAACUGUCGCCAUCUGUUUUCAGAAAAAACGACUCGCCGCUAAUCCGCGAGGAGGAGACGUUCUCCAACAAAAGAUGUUUGGAGUGGUUCUACGAGUACGCAGGUGAUUUUAUACGGCUGGUUAAGGUGGAUGAUGGUUGUGGUCAUGUGUUCUCAACCUUCUGCAUCUUUCUGACAGGCUGCGAUGACGUGGUGGGACCGGAGGGCAUGGAGAAGUUCUGUGAGGACAUUGGAGUGGAACCAGAAAAUGUGGUAAUGCUGGUGCUGGCGUGGAAGCUGGACGCUCAGAGUAUGGGCUACUUCACCCUACAGGAGUGGCUGAGAGGCAUGAGCAUGCUGCACUGCGACUCCACUGAGAGGCUGAGGAACUCGUUGGACUACCUACGGUCUGUCCUUAACGACGGCAACAGCUUCAAGCUCAUUUAUAGAUACGCUUUUGACUUUGCCAGGGAGAAGGACCAGAGGAGUUUGGACUUAAACACGGCCAAGUGCAUGCUGGGGCUUCUGCUGGGGAAGACGUGGCCCCUCUUUCCUGUCUUUAAUCAGUUUCUAGAGCAAUCCAAGUACAAAGUCAUCAACAAAGACCAAUGGUGCAACGUCUUAGAGUUCAGCCGGACAAUCAACUUGGACCUUAGUAACUACGACGAGGACGGUGCAUGGCCCGUGUUGCUGGACGAGUUUGUGGAAUGGUACAAGGAAAGACAGAUGUCAUAGCUACAACUGAAGAAAGAAAAUGGCAACUAAUAAACAACAACAACAAAAUACUGUGACGACCCCGACGACGAGAAUCAGCAAUUAAACAAAACAAACGGUAACGCCGCCACAGGGUUGGGGGGGAGGGUCCUUAGAAGGGAGGAGGCGGGCUGAUUAUCACUAAAUCCCGCCCCCUUCUUGAAGUCGCGACUCUCACUGAGAUGCGGCGUUUUGGAAAUAGCGGGGAAAAGUAUUGCUGAGUGCCUUCUCCCGCUGCUUUGCAUCAACAGAAGUCUUAGAGAAGGUCCACUUUGACCCGAGCACAUUUAGACCAUAAUAAACUAAGCUGUGCUGCGAGUUGCCUGUGCAAAAAGAAGCACUUUGUGCUUUCCUAAGGCAGGUCGCUGUUUACUUGUGCCAGUCUUUUUUUUUUUUUUUUUACUUCCCUCCUGCUUUUGUCUUCUCACACCAAACAAAACCGCAUUGCUGCUAAUUCCAGUCAAGCCCCCCCACCCCCUCUCAGCAUUUUACCGGUUCGUGACGACCGAUCGAUGUUAGCGUGUGACUGUGCCUCAAAAGCGUUUGGACGUGUAUGUACGAAUAUCUGGGAGCAAAGAGGGGGGGCUCAUGUUGACCCAGCCCGUGUGGGCUGCCCAAUGAGCUACUUCCUGGUGUCCAUUUUGUCUGGUCUUCCUUAGUCCGCCGAUAGUUUCUUCAGGUUUCCUCCAAUGAGUAGCAUCCUUCCCGACGCUGACAGUGUUCAAAGGUAAGAACGCGCGCGCUAACUGUAGUUGUCACAGCGCUACGUUCUUGUAUAGAUUUUCUGUCCUUGGCUGUGGUGUGACGCUGAAUCGUCCAAAAGAUUUGAAUAUUUGCAUGCAGCUCCGACAGAGCCUUUUUCUUUUGUUGUUGUUGUUGUUGAUGUACAGGAAAUGUUUUGUGCUUAGAUUUGAUAUCCACGAUCAUGUUAAGUUUUUUCUUUUCUUUUUUUUUUUUGCUUCCUGAUGGAACUCAUGAUUGUGUUUAUUAAGACCUGGAAAAGAAACACACACAUGUAACCUCACGGUGGAACAGGCGUUCACUCCUGCAUUGGUCAACAAAGCGAGGCGUUGUAUGUACCCCCCCUUUUUUUUUAAUUUAUUGCCAGUGCGUCUGUCGACUUGCACUCGUACAUGUCACCCCUGCUUUGUAUAUUGAAUGACACAAGGUUUGUGUAUAGAUUUCAUGUCUUUCAGUAUUCUCUCAUGGCAAUGCAGGAUGAUGAACACGCUUGUCCCGACUGUAUAUAUGUAUGUAAACUAAGUGUCUAUAUGUCGGUUUUCACUAUAACCUAUGUCUAUAUACUUAAAUAAAAAAGGUUUAUUAACUUA